GACUGCGCAUGCGCGGAGUUCAUUUCCUGUGAUUGCGGCGCUGUACAGCAAGCGGGAGCGACAAGCAGUGCGUUUUUUACUACUACCCGCUUGUCACUUUAGAAACUCCUUUAUUUGAGGGAGUUGUGUGGAUCCGUCUUGAGUGUCAGUGAUGCCGCGUGGCGGGAAAAAGGGCCACAAAGGCCGAGGAAAGCAGUUCAGCAACCCAGAGGAGAUAGACCGGCAAAUGCGGGCUCAAAGAGAGAUGGAAGAGGCUGCUGGAGCAGAGAAGGGCAGUGCUUCAGAAUCUGAAGAAGAAAGCAGCAGUGAAGAUGAAUCUGAAAACAGGAAAAGGAGUGGGGUUGAGGGCCUUAUUGAAAUUGAGAACCCCAACCGUGUGUCUCAGAAGAGCAAGAAGGUGACAGAGCUAGAGGUAGAGGCACCAAAGGAACUGUCGCGUCGAGAGAGAGAGGAGAUAGAGAAGCAGAAGUCCAAGGAACGCUACAUGAAGCUGCAUCUUGAGGGCAAGACGGAUCAGGCCAGGGCUGAUCUGGCUCGACUGGCUAUCAUCAAGAAACAGAGAGAGGAGGCUGCAAAAAAGAGGGAAGAACUCAGGAAGGAAAAAGAAGCUGAAGAAGCCAAAGGAAAGCGUUAGCCCUUCAUCUUACAACAUGCAGACGUGUCUCAGGGGAUGGAGAAAAACUGAAGAUGCAUAUCAGAGAGGGACCAAACUGAGCGCUGUCAUGGCAGGUGGCUCCUCGCCCCUGUCCCUCAAAGUCAUCUCGAGGGCUCCCCAGGAUGGCGCUCAGAUCCAGGACAACGGGUGGAGCGAUGGUGGACUAAGAGGAAUGCAGCUGUUGGGAUUCCUCUUUUUCGAUGACUACCUCCUGAGUAAUGGAGGAGGCAAUCUUAGGUUUUCCAAGAGUUGAACAGCCUUUUUUCUCUAUCCUCUCCACAGGGUUUUAAUUGUAAAGCUGCUGAAGUUCUUUCCAUUCCUCCAUUCUAUACAUCUUACAGGUUUACUCAGUGACCGGUUUUACAGUGAGCGUCCGUCAGGAUGUUUUUGGUGCUUUAACUUCAUUUAGUCAGGUUUUCAAGAUACAGAAGUGCAUUUGGACUAAGGAUAUUCAUUUAGAUAAAUUCAGAGAUAAAGACAGAGUUACUCACUUCAUGACCAAACUGAUUUUAUUCAAAAGUGUAACAAAGUUGACGCAUUGCAUAUUUUAGAACAUCCUAUCAUGUUUUCUACAGUUAAGUUUGCCCAGUUUAUGACAGUCACUUUAAAGAUAACUCAUUUAAGUUUUUUUUGUUGUUUUUUUCAAAAAAUUUGCAUAAAUCAUGUCCAUCUUUCCUUUAUGUAACCAGUCAAAAUAUUACUUGAAUUGCCUGCAAUAAAAAAAAAAUUACUAUU